AUGUCCGACGUCACGAGCACGCCGCCGCGGCCUGCGCGCAAACGCCGCCGCCCGGCCGUCGUCUGUGCCGAGUGCCGGCGCCGCAAGAUUGCCUGCGACCGCAAGACGCCCUGCGGCCAGUGCGCGCUGCACCGUGUCGAGUGCGUCUACGUCACGGGGUCGGUGCCGCCGCCGUACGGCCGGCCGCUGCGCACGCCCGUCAGCCCUGGCGCGGGCGGUGCGGGGGGCGGAGGAUCGGGGGAAGGGACAGGGACUGCUGCAGGGAAUGGGAAUAGGACUAGGACAGAGUCAGGCGCUGGCCGAGCUGGCCGAGCAGGCUCCGUCUCCGGGGACACCCCCCCAAAAACGACCUCGCCGCUCGACGACGACGACGACGAGGUGGCCCCCGGCGCCGAGCUGACCAACACCAUGGUCUCGCUGGGCGAGCGGUCGUCUCGGUUCGGCGGCCGCCUGGCCAAGACGCGCCUGUUUGGCCGCUCGCACUGGAUGAACAACAUGGACGAGUUCAAGGACAUGCACAGCCUCACGCACCUCGUGCACUUUGUCCCGGGCUCCGUCAUCUACCAGUCGCUGCGCAUGUGCAAGCGCAUCGCGCGCGUCAUCAAGGCGGACGAGCGCGCGCAGAUUGCCGCCGCGUCCGAGCGGGGGGAUGCCCUGUGGCUGGCGGUGCCGCCGCGCGCGGUGGCCGACCGGCUGGUGGCGCUGUACUUUGACGUGUUUGAGCCGCAGUUCCGCAUCCUGCACAUGCCCACGUUCCGGCGGGAGUACGAGGCGUUUCUGGCGGCGCGCGACCGGGACGAGGGACGAGACGAACGACACCAACGAAACCAACGACAGCAAAACGAGCCGUCGGCCGACUUUAUGGUCAAGCUGCUGCUCGUGCUGGCCCUGGGCAGCUGCUUCUACGACGGCGACACGGACGACGGGGUGGGCGCGGAGGGCAGCCCAGACAGCGGCAGCACCCGGCCUGCGGGCACGACAGCCACGACAGCCGCGGCCGCAGCAGCAGCCGUCCACCGCCGCCUGCGCAUGGCCGCCACGCGCGCCGUGCAGCGCAUGGAGGCGACGCACUGCUCGCCGCUCGACAAGCACCGCCUGACCAUGGACACGCUGCAGAUCUACUGCCUCGUCACGCUGGCGCGCCAGACCACCGCGCUCGACCUCGGCGACGACCUCACCUGGUUCACGACGGGCGGCCUGCUGCACGCCGCCUUUGGCAUGGGCCUCAACCGCGACCCGUCGCACUUCCGGUCGCUGUCGCUGGCGCAGGCCGAGAUGCGCCGCCGGCUCUGGGCCACCAUCUUGGAGCUCGUCGUCCACGCCAGCCUCGACCAGGGCAUGCCGCCCCUCGUCGGCGCCGACGACUACGACUGCGCGCCGCCCGCGAACCUCGACGACGACGCGUUUGGCGUGGAUGUGGACACGGCGGCGGCUGCAUACGACCACCUCACGGUGGACCUGCCGAUCCACGGCGUGGCCAUGCCGGGGUACGGGACGACGGGGUCCGGGGCGAGCAAGAAGCGCAAGGGCGGACCGGGUGCCGACACAAAUGAUGGACAGGAGAGUGCACACCUCGACCGCGACCGCGACGGUCUGCUGCACCGUGGCGAGCCAUGCGCCCCGGCACCGCGCCAGGGCCAGGGCCAGGGCCAGGGCCAGGGCCACCCCGACACGGUCUUCACGCAGACGAGCAUGCAGCGCCUGCUGUACCGCUCGCUGCCCGUCCGCCUGCGCAUCGCCAGGGCCCUCAACGGCCUGGGCGCGGGGCUGACGUACGAGCGCGCGCUGCAGCUGAGUGCCGAUCUGCUGGAGGCGUGCCGCUACGCGGCGACGGCCUUGCGCGCCGCCCCCUUGAUGUGGCGACGACCAGCCGGCUCCGGUACUCGGGAGGAGGCCGAGCGCGCCGCGUUCGCCCGGCUGCGCAUCGCCUUUUACGAGAUUCUGACGCGGCGCUUCCACCACGCGCUGCACUCGCCGUUUGCGCGCAAGGCCGGCAACAACGUGCAGUUCUUUUACUCGCGGCGCGCCCGCAUCGAGACGGUGCUGCGGCUGCUGUCCUUUUUCCGGCGGGGGCCCGCGCCGACGUCGCCCCUGGCCAGCGACGGGCCCAGCGCCACCGAGCCGGCCAGCGGCAUCCCCCUGGCGCUGCUGCAGCCCGCCGCCGCCGCCGACCCCUGCCGCCGGCUCUGGCUCGUCGGCCGCGGCAUGCUCAAGUGCACGCUGGUCGACAUCACGGCCACGGCCGUCAUCGAGCUGAUCCACCAGCUGCAGGAGCAGGAGGACGACGGGCCCGGCGCCGCCGCCGACCUGACGCUGUCGCAGCGCGAGCUCUACGACACCGUGCGCGCCCUCAUCGACCUCGCGCACGCGCGCCUCGAGGCCGGCGAGACCAACGUCAAGGGCUACCUCUUCUUCCGCGGCGCCCUGGCCCAGGCCGACGCGCUGCUGCAGGGCCGGCCCGUGCGCCAGGUCAUUGUCGCCGCGGCCCAGACGGCGUCCACGCGCACCAUCAACACGCUCAAGGCCCUGGCGGCGCGGCGCGGCGCGGCCCUGCCGGACGACGCCGUCCUCGGCGGCAGCCACACGGGCGACGAGCUGGACGCGGUGGACGAGCUGGACGCGGUGGCGACGUCGACGGCGGUCACACCAGCCCUCGCAGCCAACACAAGGAAUACCAGCUACAACGAUAACAGCAGCAACAGCACCAUCCACCCCUACAAACUCAACGUGUCCAGCGGCAUGAGCAGCCUGUCCAACACGGCCUUUGCCGGCUUGACCAGCACCGGCGCCGGCACCGCCGGCACCGCCGGCACCGCCGUCACGGGCCCAUUGCAGUUUGUGGGCAUGGCCGAGCUGGGCACCGCCACGUUCGGCGAUCUGGCACACGCCGCAUCGGGCGCGUCAGGACUGGGACGCAACGCACCCAUGGUGGACGGCGGCGGUGGUGACGUCGACUCGGGCAUCCACCUGCCGUCGGCGGCCAUGAGCAGCAACGGCGAGAGUCAAACCCCCAGCAACGCCAACACCAGCGCGGAGCAGGUCGACCAGUGGCUGAUGAUGGAUCCGCCGGACGACUUUGGCCUGGGCAACUGGUUCUUUCCGUACAACGACCGGAUCAACAACAGUUACGGGGGUGUGGACUGGUAG